AUGAACCAACUGGAGCUCGUUGACAGCGGCGAUGAUCCCUACGACGACUUGGUACCCUUUGAGGCGUACACGAGGGGUAUGCAAGCACUCCGUGACAAUCACCGCACUUAUACAGAUUCCGUCAUACACUUGACACCCAGAAUGGCCGCCAAAGAUGCCAGUGCCAGGAAACAGGCACUGGUCUUCCAGUGGGACAUUGUGCAAGUCUACGAACGGAAGGAUCCGAUUCUGACGCGUGAUGUGCGCGGCCUGUACCUGCAGACUCUGAAACUGGCCAAAGCCCUGAAUGAAGACCAAGACAACAAGGACUUACUUGACCAGGCGCUCGGGUAUCUGCAGUGGGUCCUUGGCGACUGUGCAAAGAAGCUGGGGGAGGCCAACAAUUUUGCGCGCGAGGUGGUCCUGGAAAUGGGGCGGGCUAACCUGGCGAGAGGCGAAUUGGAAGAAGGCACUGAGCAGAUUGGUACUGUGGUGGAUGUACGAACUGCCCAGUAUGGAGAGGAUCAUGUGGAUACUCUUGUGGCUUUAGAGAUGGAGGCGGAGGGGGCCUGGGAGAUGGGCUUACAGGCUCGGGCACUUGAUUGCUUGAAGGAUUGUAUCGAGGAGGCGAAAGCACUUGUGCGGUUUGAGGCAUGGGUUUACCAAGAGAAUGCGAGAACGCUGGCAGAUGUGGGCUAG